AUGGCACCCAAAAACAAUGCCAAAGGCGGCGAUAAGAAAGCCAGCAAGGGUAAAGGGAAAGAAGCCUCCAAUGACGACGCAGCCAAGGGCAAGGGCGGCAAGGGUGCUGGCGCGCUGAAAGCGGGCCAGUCGAUUAACGUGCGACAUAUACUGUGCGAGAAACACUCCAAGAAGGAAGAGGCAUUAGAGAAAUUGCGCAAUGGGGUCAAAUUCGAUGAGGUUGCUAGAGAGUUUUCGGAGGAUAAAGCCCGACAGGGAGGCUCGCUUGGAUGGAAGACGCGAGGCAGUCUGGACCCUGCGUUUGAAAAAGCUGCGUACGAGCUGGAGCCCAGCUCGACGGGGAAUCCCAAGUAUGUCGAGGUUAAGACUGGGUUUGGGUAUCAUAUUAUCAUGAUCGAAGGGCGGAAGUGA